AACGUAACGGAAAUUGGUGUCAACCGUGUUUAGGACCUAGCAGUUGAUCGAUUGAGAUUCUUGUUGCUCGAUCAUGCAUGUCUGGGAAUAACUGUGAAGUGACUCUGAUUUCUGUGUUUCGUUUUCUCUUUAAUACAGUAGAUACUCGUUAUAUUGCCACGUACGGAGCUAUAACAAUGAAAAAUUCUUUAAUUGAUCGAACAGUUUUUUUCUUUAACAUUUAGGGUGCGUAAGGGGAGACUUUAGAUACUCCGUAACAUUUGAUGUUUCCAUAGAAAUAAAUGUAGUGAAGUUUAGUAUAGCAUCACGAUUCCGUACAAUAUUCAAAUACCAGAGAAUACACUUUAGUGAUCUUAUUCCGUCGCUUACGUUUCUAUUAUCAUCUUCAUAUACUUUCAAAGUUAAUAUUGCGAAGGUUUCCGUGAAUUCCGUGUUCUACAAUGAUGGAAUGAAACUAUUGAAAGUAACGCUAAUAAUCAAACAAGAUGUGUGAUGAUGAUGUUGCGGCACUAGUAGUGGACAAUGGGUCCGGUAUGUGCAAGGCGGGAUUCGCUGGAGACGACGCCCCACGUGCCGUCUUCCCCAGCAUUGUUGGCCGCCCACGUCAUCAGGGUGUGAUGGUCGGUAUGGGUCAAAAGGACAGCUACGUGGGGGACGAGGCUCAGAGUAAAAGAGGUAUACUUACUCUAAAGUAUCCUAUAGAACAUGGCAUUAUAACUAAUUGGGACGACAUGGAGAAGAUAUGGCAUCAUACCUUCUACAACGAAUUGCGAGUAGCCCCUGAAGAACAUCCAGUACUUCUCACCGAAGCUCCUUUGAAUCCGAAAGCUAAUCGUGAAAAGAUGACCCAGAUCAUGUUCGAAACCUUCAACAGCCCAGCGAUGUACGUCGCCAUCCAGGCCGUGCUGUCCCUGUACGCCUCCGGUCGUACCACCGGUAUCGUCUUGGACUCCGGUGACGGUGUCUCUCACACCGUACCCAUCUACGAAGGUUACGCCCUUCCCCAUGCCAUCCUCCGUCUGGACUUGGCCGGUCGUGAUUUGACCGACUACCUCAUGAAGAUCUUGACCGAAAGAGGUUACAGCUUCACCACUACGGCUGAGCGAGAAAUUGUCCGCGAUAUCAAGGAAAAACUUUGCUAUGUCGCCCUGGACUUCGAACAGGAAAUGGCCACCGCCGCCGCCAGCACCUCCCUCGAGAAGAGCUACGAGUUGCCUGAUGGACAGGUCAUCACCAUCGGUAAUGAGAGGUUCCGUUGUCCGGAAGCCCUCUUCCAGCCUUCCUUCCUGGGUAUGGAAUCCUGUGGUAUCCACGAGACCGUCUACAACUCCAUCAUGAAGUGUGACGUCGAUAUCCGUAAGGACUUAUACGCCAACACCGUACUUUCUGGAGGUACCACCAUGUACCCCGGUAUCGCUGACCGUAUGCAGAAAGAAAUCACUGCCCUCGCCCCAUCGACCAUCAAGAUCAAGAUCAUCGCUCCCCCCGAGAGGAAAUACUCCGUAUGGAUCGGUGGAUCCAUCCUGGCCUCUCUGUCCACCUUCCAGCAGAUGUGGAUUUCCAAACAGGAGUAUGAUGAAUCCGGCCCAGGCAUUGUUCACCGCAAGUGCUUCUAAAAUGCUGCACCCAAUACAGGGUUUCACGAUUUUUGACUGCUUUCUUUUCUUUUUGUUUUCUUUCCGUGCUCACAAUUUUUCGAGCCGUGAUCUCUCCACACACAGAAAUAUAUUGAGGUUAAGGAGAAGAAAGGGAGAAGAAGGUAGAAAGGGGGGAGGGAAGUACAAGGUUUGGAAUACGAAAAUUACUGAAGUGCCUUUAUUCAACACAUUUAUCAGACUGUACUUUAAUUUGUAGUUUAUACAACACGACUGUUUGUUAUUACCGUUACUUAAUUUAUUGAUAUUAUCCUCGGUCAUUUUGCAACGAGUCCUUUUCGGUCUUAUAAAUAUGUAUUACGCAGAUUCACAUGCACUAUACAUACACGCACACGCAUAAAUACAGGCUACAUAAUUGAAUCCGUACGCGCACGUAAUAUUUUCUUUUUGGCAUUUGUAACACACACGGGGUGAUAAACGACGAGAGUGAAGUAUACGAUGGAGUACCGUAACCAGGCGCAUCGACGUCGGCUCAUAUUGCUGCCUGGCGUAUUGUUCUUAUUAUACCAUAUGAUUAAUGAUAAUAAAACUGUAUUAUAUAAUAACUCGAUGUCGGAUUAUGUGAACCUUAUCGUGUGCUAUAUCUCUAGCGAAAGUUCAAUAUGAUGAUAUAAUGAACUCAAAUAAAUUACCAUUUAAUUACCGAUUAGAAGGAAUUUGAAAGAAGUAUUGUGAUUUAGGUUUCGAUGGUAUUUAACUUCAGAUGCAGUCUACUCUGGUAAUCGGCCAAUAGAUGUGUAACUUUAAGUAAUUAUCUAUAUUUUUUAUUUGUUUCAAGAUGGUAGAAGGUUACGCGACAAUUUUUAUAUAAACGUAACUUUUGUCUCAUUGUGAAAAAAUCAGUCGACGAAAAUCAAUUUUAUCGAAAAUUUUCACAUUCCCCUAUGUCAUAAAUCAAUCGCACUAGCAACUUAGAUGUAGAAAUAGUUUCUACAAACUAUAGCUGCUCGUCUCUAACGUUUACAAAGAUAUUAGUAGCCAAUUAAAUGAUCACGGUAAAAUUAUCUUGAAGAUUGAAAUAAUUAAAUUUAUCGGCUCUCCGCAAGAUUUAUGCAUCAUCCUUAACAGUUUAGUUCUUACUAGGCAAAAGCUUUCCGAUUUAUUCCUUCGUUUCCUCACGCGUAUCUUCGAUGCCAAUUUUUUAUUUCUGUACAAAUAAAUACUUGUUUCUCGUUAUAUAAUUCUCCUCCACUGUAAUAAUAUUCAUCACAAUUCUCGUAAAUGUCUUUUGAGAAACAGCGUCGGGUCUUUUUGAUCUCCGACGCGGAGACAGUCGAGUUUAGCCCUUUCCUUGAAGGAAAUGCUACGACCAAGCCGUAACCCAACACGGGCGGCAAACUGUGGUACAAAUAAAGAAAUAGCAAAAAUAGA